AAAAGAUUGUCUAUAGUUGUAAAUUGUAAGAUUACGUCUAAUUGUGGAAAGAAAAAAAUUUUUUAGUUUAAAUUUCUAAUUAUAAUGAUAAAACAAUAAUAUUAUAAAUUAAAAGUAUAACUUGUUUAUUUAUUUAAAUUAUGACAAAUAUUAUGGCAAGUGUUGAUUUAAAAAAUUGGCCAAUACUUAGUCUACUGAAUCGUGAAUUUAUAAGUGAAAUCCAUACGAUACUUGUUUUUGGAUUACUUGGCAAUGAAGUACUGAUAGUAGCAAAAGACGGGAAAGUGUAUGCACUAGGAAGCAAUACAUCUGGUUGUUUGGGCACUGGUGAUACUCACAGCACUUUGUAUCCCGUUAAAAUAGAAGCCCUGACUCAGAAAGGUGUUAAAACAUUUGCAUUUGGAGUUGGUCCUCAUGUACUGGCGUUAACUAACAAAGGAGAAGUUUACUCUUGGGGUCAUAAUGGUUACUGCGAAUUAGGAAAUGGAUCAUCAAAUCAAAAUCCAUUGCCCAGUAAAGUUGCGUCUACUUUUGAAGAAAAACAAAUUAUUGCAAUUGCCUGUGGCAGCCAUCAUUCACUAGCACUUACUGAAGAUGGAGAAGUUUAUGGAUGGGGACAAAAUACAUGUGGACAAGUUGGCAGUGGUAUAAGUACUAAUCAAAAUACACCACGUAAAAUAAAUUCGGGAUUAGCUGGUAAAAAGAUAAUUCAAAUAGCAUGUGGACAAACAUCAAGUGUUGCCGUUACUCAUAACGGUGAAGUUUAUGCAUGGGGUAAUAAUAGUGUUGGCCAAUUGGGAGUUGGUACUUAUAUCAAUCAAUUAAGUCCACAAAAAGUUACUGGAUUAACUGGAAUUGUCAUUGCUAAAGUUGUUUGUGGAUAUUCACAUACAAUGGGAUUGAGUGAUGAAGGUGAUAUUUAUGUAUGGGGAGGUAAUGGAUAUGGACAAUUGGGCUUAGGAACUAAAUCAAAUGCAUGUCAACCUGUAAAAUUAACAAUAGGAGAUAUGGGCAGAGUAAGUGAUAUUGCUGCAAUACACUGCAAUCACAUAAGUGCAGCAUUAGCUGAGGGUGGAAAAAUUUACAUGUGGGGCCAAUGUCGAGGACAAACAGUAACAACUCCAACAGUAACUCCAUUACUGCACUUACACGAUGUACUUGCUUGUUACUCAACACCAAGUGUUAUGCAUGAACCACUUGUACUGUACGCUGAAGACGAAACAAGCAUUUUAGAUUGUUUGAAACAAGCCUUUGAUGAUUCUACUCAUAGUGAUUUAACGAUACAAGUACAAGGUAAACCUAUUUAUGUACAUAAAGCUGUAUUAAAAAUACGCUGUCAGUAUUUUCGAUCAAUGUUUCAAGAGCAUUGGACUGAAAAUAAUCAAUCUGUUAUUGUGCAUGACGAAUUUUCUUAUGAUGUUUAUAAAUCAUUUCUCAAGUAUUUGUAUACUGAUGAAGUUGAUUUGCCACCAGAAAAUGCAUUAGAACUUAUGUACCUUGCAAAUGCAUAUUUUGAAACACAAUUGAAAGGAAAAUGUGUACAAAUGAUAAAACGUGGUAUUACUAUUAAUAAUGUUGCUUUUUUAUAUAAAACUGCUAUUGAAUAUAGCUCAAAAGAAUUAGAAGACUUUUGUUUCAAAUUUGCAUUAAAUCAUAUGACUGCCGUGAUACAAACAUCUCACUUUUCAAAAUUGGAUGAAGCGACCUUAAAAACAUUUAUUACAAAAGCUGCUCAUGCUGGUGCAUUUAAAACAUAAAUUUAUUAUAAUUAUCAGCACUAAAUCCCAUUAUUAUUAUUAAGCCUUUUAAUCAACAAUAAUUAUAAAAUUUAAUUGCAUUCUGCGCAUGCAUUUUUCUAACAAACUUAUGUCUGCCGAAUAGUUUUUUACCUUACCAAUAAAAAAAUAUUUUUUUUUUUGUUUAAACU